ACAUUGACAUUCCGAGAAUUAUCACCAUCGUAGACGGCCGCGUUGUAAGGAGCACGAUCUUGUAUACUUAUAAAUUUUAUAGUUAAUAGUUAACUUCCAUAUGCAAAUAUCUAUCUACUUUCUCCGUUAAUAAAUAGUGUUAAGAGCAAUACCUAAGUCUCUUGCGUGCUUUUACUUUAACACUCGAAUAUCAAGGUAAAAAGCGUAACAGUGUGGCGACGAGGAUGUCGGCGGCGCGCAAUAAUUAAAAAAAAAAAAAAAAAAGACUGACGGUGGUUGCAUUUUCUCGGAAGCACUAGCGCUCCAUCGACCUUCAAAUGUUGCGUUGAAGGGCAAAAUCAAAACCAGCGGUAUUUUUGUUCAUCGGUAUUUGCGCAUCACAUACGGUUAGUCACACAAAUACAGCAGCGCAACACAAAAUAAGUAGCGGUAUUGCAAACGCAGCCCAGGCGAGUACAUCGAACGGGUUACCGGUAGCUGUGCACUCAGAUAGCAGCAACAGCAACGAGUGAACAACAAGAAUACCAGACAGACAAGUAGCAUAGGCGCAAAGUUAAUUUGGCGCAUAUUUUUACCAAAGAGUUUUUGCAUCGCCCGACGACACGUAAUGGCAUUGGACAGCGUAGUGGCAAAGUUGUUGGUCCAACAACAGGAAGCAUCAGAACGGCAGCAGCGGUUAAUUGAAACGCUGGCGAGUUUAAUACAGAACAACAAAGGGGGUAGUAGUUUGCAGCAACAACAGCAGCCAGAGGCAUUAGCAGACAUCAUUUCUCGCGGUAUUCAUGAGUUCAUUUAUGACCCAGAUAAUAACCAAAUUUUCUCAAAUUGGUUCAGCAGGUACGAACAGCAUUUUACGGAAGAUGCGAAAUCAUUGGACGACGCCUGCAAAGUUAGACUUCUCUUAAGAAAAUUGAGCCCGCAAGUUUACGAACAAUACGCAAAUUGUAUUUUACCGAAGCUACCUAAAGACUGCGAUUUCCAAAAUACAGUUCGGCAAUUGAAAAAACUUUUUGAUCGUCAAGAGUCAAUAUUCAGUGUGCGUUAUAAAUGUUUACAAAUCACCAAAGAAGAGUCCGAAGAUUAUACCGCAUACUCAGGUCGAGUAAACAGUCAGUGCGAAAAAUUUUUCCAAGGCAAAAUGUCUUCUGCGGAAUUAAAAGUGCUUAUAUUUAUAUGUGGACUUCGAUCACCGGCAUAUAACGACAUUCGGGGAAAAUUGCUUUCAAUGCUAGAUACAAAUGUAGAUACCACAUUGGAGCAAUUGACAUCAGCAGCGCAAAGACAAAUUGUUUUGCGUGACGAUACAAAGCUUGUUGAAACCACAAAUUCUUCGACGGUGAAUGCGAUUUCUGCAGAUGGUAAGUCAGAAUUUCGUUCAAGUAAACAAAAGCUAAAAAGCCAUACCAAACCAACCAAUCAAGUAAACGAAGUACCAAAACGUCCAUGUUGGCAAUGCGGAGCCAUGCAUUUUGUUAAAUAUUGCACGUACUCACAACACAAGUGUAAAGAUUGUGACAAAAUUGGGCAUAAAGAAGGUUAUUGUAGUUGUUUCUCUAAACGAGCAAGUGCCUUAAACUCAGGUCAACGUAAAAUUAAUCGAAAUACGCAAAGAAAAUUUCAGCAACGUAGAAAUUUUAGAACGAAAGUUGUUGUAGCCAAGCACAGUGUGAAGAGCAUAAACAACAUUAAUAUGCAGCGCAAGUACAUUAAUGUGGUCGUAAAUUCGUGUCAAAUCAAGCUACAAUUCGACACAGCCGCAGAUAUCUCUCUGAUUUCAAAAAUUAAUUGGGCGAAGCUAGGUAAACCAGCAUUACAUACGUGUGAGCAUAAAGCAUCAGAUGCAUCGAAGAACCAAAUCCCUCUUAUGGGGCAAUUCGAAGCAAUAGUAACUCAUAAAAACACAUCGCAUAGCUGUAUAAUUUACGUCACAAGCCUCCCAAACUUAAACAUUUUUGGGAUAGAUUUAAUUGAAAAAUUCGGAUAUUGGGACACACCCAUUCGUUCGGUUUGCAAUGUAAUUACAAGCAAUAUGAAUAAAGAUGCGAUAUUCAAAGUCAUUCUAAGUAAAUAUCCAGAAGUGGUCCAACAGCAUACAGGCCACUGCACCAAAUUUAAAGUCAACUUAGAAAUAAAACAAAAUUGUAAACCCGUGUUCAAAACGAAAAGACCCGUACCAUAUGCAUCAUUAGCAGCGGUAGAUCAAGAGCUAAACAGACUACAAGAUGAAAAUAUCAUCACACCUAUUACACAGUCAGAUUGGGCAGCACCCAUAGUAGUUGUACGUAAGCCAAAUAAUCGCAUUCGAAUUUGUGCUGAUUAUUCGACAGGUUUAAACGAUUGCAUGGUACCUAAUCUGUAUCCAAUUCCGCAUGCAGAUGAUAUAUUCGCACAAAUGUCGCUUUGCAAAUAUUUUAGCAAAAUAGAUUUAUCCGACGCUUACCUUCAAUUGGAAGUCGAUGACGAAUCCAAGAAAAUUCUCACGAUAAACACGCACAGAGGUCUUUUUACAUUUAAUCGGUUACCACCAGGACUAACCUCUGCACCAGGUGCUUUUCAAAAAGCUAUGGAAACUAUCCUCAGCAAUUUAGAGGGAGUUAUAACAUAUCUGGAUGACGUGAUCAUAGCUACACCUUCAAUACAAGAAAAUUACAAAAUGGUUAUGAACGUAAUGGAAAGGUUCAAAGAGCACAGUCUCACGAUAAACUGGUCAAAAUGUGAAAUUUUCAAAACGUCAAUAAAAUACCUGGGACACGUCAUUGAUGAAAAAGGUAUACAUCCAGAUGCAUCCAAAGUGGAAGCAAUCAACCACAUGUCGAUACCUACAAAUGUAAGCGAACUCAGAUCCUUUUUGGGAGCGAUAAACUACUACGGCAAGUUCAUAAACCGUAUGAGAAAUAUUCGAUAUCCACUUGAUGAGUUAUUGAAAGCAAAUAAAAAUUGGAAAUGGACGUCGGAAUGUGAGAAGUCAUUUAACGAUUUCAAACAAAUAUUGCAAUCGGAUCUUGUGUUGACACAUUAUAAUCCUUCACUUCCUAUAUCCGUAG